AUGGGCGUCGGACGUCGCAUGAAGAAGCAAGGCCCGCCGCCUCCCCUCGACGAAUCUCUCGUCUCGAGAAAGCGCAAAGAUAUACCCGCCGAAGCCCCCAAUGGCCAGAGCAAGAAGCGGAGGACGUCUCAAGACACCCUUACAGCUAAACCUAAGAAGACGGUAGCGACUAGAUCCUCAGCUCUGAAGCCAGCAAAUUCGGCCGCGAAGAAGACCACGAAGGGUAGUUUUGGGAACGGCAAGGUGUCGCAGACGGAGAAGGGCAGGCCAAACGAGGUGCGAAAGAGAGCUGGAAAGAAAGCGCCCUUGCCGUUACCGCCUGCAGAAGCAGAUGACGACGAGUCUCCGGAGGACGUCUUGGAAGGAGAGGAUAUGGACCGCGCGGAGGAGGAUGGCGUUGAAGAAGAUGAGCCAUCCGAUGCUGAUGUCCAGGAUCUGAACGGACUCGGAUCAGACGCGUCAGAUGUCGAGGACGGCGAUGACUUCCUAGGUCUAGAUUCAGACGUAGUGGACACGGACGAGGAGGCGCCGAAGCAAGGCAUGUGGUCUGAUGACGAAGACGAUGAAGACGCCGCAGAGAAGCUCACAGCCGCAAAUAUUGAGGGUCUAUCGAGGCGACUGGACAUGCGAAAGGCGAUCGAAGAGGCCGAGGCGCAAGCGGAGCUCGAGGAAUCAGCUAUGCAAACGAAUAUUGCUGGCGACCGGCCUAAGGUACUGGACGACGAGGCUGAGGAUGAAGACCAGGCUGGUAGACCCUCGCUGCUGGCGCCAGAUCUGCAGCUUCUGCGAACAAGGAUUACAGAGACCAUCCGCGUGCUGGACGACUUCUCCAAGCUUGCUGAGCCGGGCCGUUCUCGCGCGGAAUACACAGCUCAGCUCAUCAAGGACAUCUGCGCAUAUUACAGCUACUCGCCAUUCUUGGCUGAGAAGCUGUUCAAUCUCUUCCCUCCCCGGGAAGCGUUUGCGUUUUUCGAGGCGAACGAGACCCCCAGACCCCUAGUCAUACGCACGAACACCCUACGCACACAUCGCCGAGAACUGGCGCAAAAGUUGAUCAACCGCGGUGUCACGCUCGAGCCUGUCGGCAAAUGGUCAAAGGUCGGUCUACAAGUCUUCGAGAGCCAAGUGCCGCUCGGAGCUACACCAGAAUACCUGGCCGGCCACUACAUACUGCAAGCAGCAAGUUCCUUCCUGCCCGUCAUGGCACUCGCGCCCCAAGAACACGAGCGCAUCCUCGACAUGGCAGCGGCUCCCGGCGGCAAAACAACCUACAUGGCCGCCCUGAUGAAGAACACGGGGUGCGUCUUCGCCAACGAUGCCAACAAGAGCAGAGCCAAGGGCCUGAUCGGCAACAUCCACCGACUUGGCGUCAAGAACACUAUCGUGUGCAACUACGACGCGAUGGAGUUCCCCCGAGUAAUCGGCGGCUUCGACCGCGUCUUGCUGGAUGCGCCAUGCUCGGGCACGGGCGUCAUAGCAAAGGACGCCUCUGUCAAGACGAAUAAGACCCCCACGGAUUUCCUAAGACUACCGCACCUGCAGAAAAACCUGCUGCUUGCCGCCAUCGACUCGGUCGACCACGCGUCCAAGACUGGCGGCUACAUCGUCUACUCCACCUGCUCUGUCACGGUCGAGGAGAACGAGCAGGUGGUCCAGUACGCGCUGAACAAGCGGCCGAAUAUCAAGCUCGUCUCUACUGGGCUUACCUUCGGGAAAGAGGGCUUCGUUUCCUACAUGGGCAAGAAGUUCAGUCCGUCGAUGAAGGAGACGAGACGGUACUACCCGCAUGCGUACAAUGUCGAUGGCUUCUUCGUUGCUAAGUUCAAGAAGACGGGCCCGACGCCGGCGGGCGCGGUCAAUGCGCCUGCGACUGGUGGUGUCAAGGCUAAUGGAGCGGUCAAGGCGAGUGACGAGGAGGUGGUGGAUAGGACGCCUGUUACGGCUGAUGAGGGAGAUGGUACAGAAGGUGACUUUGGGGGAUGGGACGAGGAAGAGGACAAUGUAUACAUUGAGCGCGCGCGCAAAGCGGCACUGAGGCGGAAGGGCAAAGAUCCGAGGGCACUAAUGAAAGGGAAGGCUGGCAGUGGGAAGCAGGCGGGUACAGUGGACGAGGCUGAGAAGGUCACGGCCGAGAAAGUUGAUGGGGAGGUUGCCGCGCAAGAGGAAGAGCGCGGGAGAUUGAGCGUGAAGGAGAAUGCUGUGGGGAAGGCACCGAAGGAGCGCAGUGGGACGGAAGUGGCCGCGGCUAGCAACACGAAGGUGAAAAGGAGGGCGAUGGUGAGCAGAUAG